AUGUCGGACGAGAAAAUGGAACUGAGCGCUGCAUUCGUUCACAACUUUUCAUCAGAUUUUACUUAUUUUUUUAGUUGUAAUACUGGAGAAUAUUAUUUUCAAAAAAGAUGA